AUGACGAAGAAGAAGAAGCAGUCCUUCUCUUCGCUCAUUCUUCUACUGCUCGUUCUUCCCAUAUAUACUCAUUCCCCCCGGAGAAUUGUUCUUUUCCGCAUUGCUGCUUCCCGUUGCCGCUGUCGUCGUCCGCCUUUCCUUUCGAUUCGAAUCGGAUCGACAAGUUCCAGACGGCAAGAGUCAUCCCUUCCAUCCAUAAACGCCAUCACUGUCGUCGUCGUCGUCGCCUUCUUCUUUGAAAAAAUGAGAAAAGCUAGAAAAAAUGACGAAUUGUGUUGGAGUCCUCGUCCUUCUCCUCUGCCUCUCCUUCUUUGGCGAUGGCACACAACAGCAUGGCCACAACACAAAUAA